CUUGGCUUAUUAGAGGAGAUGUCUGAGGCUACGAAGGAUGUAUUUGACUCCUCGAAAGCGGAAGGAUAUUCCGUCACAAUACUGUCGGAUGGCACGAUCAAUGCAAAGUCCUUCCUUAAAUUUUCAAGGAACCUUGAAAGGCACGCGGGAAUUACGACCUUCGUAUUCCAGUCAGGAGAUGAAGUGACCCCCCUGGCAUCAGGAUUAAGAACGCUUCACAGGUCGUCCAAACAGCCCUACAUAAUCGUAACGAGUGACAACAUCGACUUCCUGACUUCAGCUAUCGGCUCCCUUUACCGAGGAAAUCUCCUGGUGUGGUCGACGAGACUCCUAGUGAUCACCAGACUCCCUAUCCACCAGAUCCACUCCAUGAGAGAAAGCCUAUCCAACAUCAACGCCAUGGUUAUGGUCGCUACGUCUGAGAACGGGAUUCCGCAAUGUAAGAUUUACCUAUAUAUACCAUAUAGCCAUCGGUGUCUAGAGGUGGCAAAAUGGGUUCAGCAUAAAAGGUUGACAUUCCAGGCUACAUAUGGAAUGUUUCAGGAGAAAUUCAAGAAACUAGCAGACGGCGCUCAUUUGGAGGUGACGGCUGAAAUCUAUCCUCCUCUUAUUCUGUCAAACACGAGGAAAAAGGCUGGAGGGCGAGACCCAACCAAAAUCUUGAGAGGACCACUAAUCGAAGUCCUCAGUAUCCUAGCCUCAUCAAUUAAUUUUACAUGUAGCUGGACUCGACCGACGGAUGUCGCCUUUGGCUAUCAGUUCCCGAACGGGUCUUGGGGAGGAAUGGUCGGCAUGGUUGCCAGAAGAGACAAGAGUGUUAUGGUUUUUGUCACACUGCGCAAGAAGAUGCGCAUUGCAAACCCUCACUUCUUGUUCCAGGAAGUGGACUUUUCCUUUCUGAUCUUCACCGUCCUCUACAAGAGGGCUCAGGUCGUCGACUACACCCUGCCCCUGACCUUCACCUACGCCAGAUUCUUGGCCAGGAAAGGAAGAACCGAAAUCCGUCCUUUUGGAUUUUUCGAGCCGCUGGACACGACUGUCUGGUACUCUCUCCUAGGGGGUGUCGUCAUCAUGAUGGCCGCUUCAAUUUUCGUGUCUCGCGUCCUGCCAAUGUCGCCUAGGAUGCCUUUGAAGGAUAGUCCCAAUGACUACGUGAGGGUCUUCCUGGGGCAAGAUACAGAGAAAGCAUCGGAGGCCUUUUGGUCGCUCAAACUUCUUGUGGGAGUGUGGAUGGUGGCGAUGUCCAUCGUCACGAGGAGUUACUCCGGCAAUCUGAAUUCCCUGUUGACCGUCCGUUACGUACCGCAGCCCUACCACUCCGUCAAGGCGGUGGCCCAGGAUCCCUCCGUCAAGAUAGUGACGGAAAUUGGAGGAUAUUAUCAUCAGAGCAUCGAGUCGGGCUUCUUUAAGGAAAUCACCGACGCCGGAAAGCAGGCGAUGAUAUCCUACGUGGAAUUCACGGACUUCGAAGAGGUCGUUGACACGAAGAUAGCCAAAGGGGGCUACGUCCUCAUGAACGAUGACCUCCCCAACAAGAUGCUUAUCGACCAGUACUUCUCCAAGACGGGGACCUGCAUCUUUUACCAGUCGAAAGAGUAUUUCUUCCCACAAAUCAGUGCCAUGAUUGCUCCCAAGUACAGCCCUUUGAUCCCAGUAUUAAAUGAAAGGCUUGUUAUGAUAAUAGAGAGCGGGCUGUAUGAACAGUGGCUGAAAAGGGAAUACCUCAACUCCUCCUCUUGCGACAAAGCUCCGACCAAGAUCCUCGUUCAGUCAUCUCUCUCUUUCUACAACAUUUGGGGAAUGUUUGUUCUUCUCGUCAGUGGAUUCGCCGUAAGCCUGGUUGCCUUUGUCUUGGAAAUAUUGACUGCAAAGACCGUCAUUUGUCUCCAACGCUUCCGGUGGGAAAUGCCGUUCUAGAUGUAUGUUCCCUACCAGUUUGUAGAAAUAGAAGAAAUGGGACGGAAAGCAAAUCAGGUACCUUGACGCCAUGUGUUUUGUGCGAUAAGCUCCACUAAAUUCAAAUUGGAAAGAAUAGCCAAUUUCCAAAAUACUUCGAGAAUAUUCGGUAUUCCUGGUACGUGAAUUUUAUGUAACUAUAACUUUUCGUAGCAUGUCAAUCAAAAAUUGCUACAAAACUGCAACCACAUGCAACAAAAUCACGGUUUCCUUAAUAUGACACAUGUUGUAUAUAGAAAAUUUGAAGACUUUACGUUAGUUCAGUUUGAUUUUUUUUAUAUAGUAUUAUCACUGAUUUUGGAAACUGUUGAAAAUACAGUCUUUCACUAAUCGAUUUACAAGAUUUUGUAUUCAUUUUACAUCACCAAUAAUGCAAUGCCUAGAAAUUAAAGACAGUUUAAAAAAAAAAUUAUAUUCUGAGUGGAAUCUUAUGCAAUUUGAAUUGAAACAGCUACGUGACCUUGAAAAGGAGGACAAAGUUCCAAUAUUUCCCGUCCUACAUUAUCCUAUUUUGAAGAAAAACAGGUGCUAGAGGAGAAGUUAUCUUUAUAAGAAAAAGGUCAGGUGGUAGAGGGGAAGUUAUCUUUAUCAAAAAAUUUUAUUUCCUAUAAGGAAGAUGGUGAUGAGUAGCAAUCACUGUAAAGGCGCACACAUAGUCUAUAGUGUAUAAAAAUAAGCGGCUAGUGAUAUAGACUGGGGAUUUACUCUUCAACUGGUUGUCCUAAGUAAAAAAGGUACCUUUAAAUAAAAAGCUAUGUAAAAAUUAAGGUGCGUCAUAAUAUAUUUAAAUACUUUUAGAAAAUAUGAAACCAUAUAAUAAAAAAGUCUGAAAUUAUGAGAUAUUUAGGAAAUUGGACUGCUCUCCACUCAAGAAGAAGAUAUUUAAGAUAACUAUAAUGUGGAGAGAAGUAUACCUUACAGUUUAAUGAGGAAAUUAAUGUAAAAGUGAUAAAACAACUGAAUAAAUAAAUCUAAGGUACUGACACUAAGAAGAUUUGGAUACAGUCAAAAAUAACUGGAUCAUCCACGGAUUAAUCACAGUUCCCAAAGGACUCCAGAAUUAAAGUCACGUGGACAUGAACUCCUCUCCCCAGUGAUUGACUUUUGUAUUCUUGUCUGCACGUUGUGUCUGUGAGUCACGGGGCUGUACACGACCGCUUCCUAAGCAUUAUCCUCGGCUGAUCUGUAUUUCUUUGGAAUAAUGGAUGAUAGCUUCGUCGGGAUUUUGAUCUGAAUGACAGGAAUAUAAUAUUGGAAAAGGAUUUACUCAGGAUUAUGAAAUAUGGACUUUAGUCUUUAUACAAUCAAAUAGAAACACAUGUAGAGAAAGGAUACAUCUUUCAUUUUUUUUUUUAAAUUAAAUGAU